UUCUCUUAUGAUACUUCUCAGACGAAUAACAUGGAAAUAACUAUUAUUCUUGUGUUGUUUGUGGCUUUCACUGCGGUUAAAGGUGAAGCUAAUACUGCAUGUACUGGGAUUUAUGGAGGAUAUUGUUCGCACUCUAAAACAUGCAGUUCGUUAGGAGGGAAAGUAGAGAAACUGCCUGUAAGGUGUAAAUGUGCUAAAGCAUGUUGCAAAUGUACUGAUGAAUGCCCUGCCGGUUCAACAUGUAUUAGAGAAGAAGAUACAUGUAAUGGAACAAUAGACACAAAAGGUUGUUGUGGUAACAGGGUGUGCUGUACACCAGCUUCAUGUGUAACUAACUGUUCUUAUGCUUGUGUUGAUGAUUGUCAUCCCGCGUGGGUUCAUGAAGGAGAGUGCUGUGGAUCGAACUGUUGCGUUGAAGACUACUAA